AUGGUUGGUACCGAGAUAAAGUGCGUUACUUAUCAAUAUGGUGGUACCGAGAGUAACGCACUUAGUCUGGGUACCAACCAUACGGGUACUGCCCGUGCGCGCCGCCCCGCGGGCGGUGGCAGAGGCGGUGGAGGCGGCGGGGGGAGUAGGGGUGGCAGUGGAGGUGGUGGCGGGAGCGGAGGUACUAGUGGUGGCGGUGGAGGCGGAGGUGGUGGCGAAGGUGGCGGUGGGAGCGGCGGGGGCGAGGGUGGCGGUGGCGGCGGUGGUGGCGGAGGCGGGGGUGGCGGUGGUGGAGGUGGUCGGAGUGGCUCGUCCCAGCGGAGCGGCACUGGAGGUAGUCAGCGCCAGCAGCAGCAGCAGCACCAGCGCUCUCGCGACGUCCCCACGCCUCAGCAGCUCCGUGAGUGGUACUCGCAGCGUCAGCGUGGUGGGGCGUUCGGUCCCUGCACCUACGUCCUUCGCACCGGCGACCGCGCGGCUGUUUUUGAUCUUGACUUUGAUGCUAUCCUUGCUGCCAUGUAUGCUGUGACUGUUAGUGAUGAGGAUGACUGUUACCGGUGUUUCCCGCCCGACCCGGGCAUUGGUACUGUUGCUCUAGGUGCCAGUGAGGCUGCUGCUCUAGGUGCCAGUGCGUCUGUACUCUCAGGUACUGGUGAGUCUGCACUCUCAGGUACUGGGUCGGCUUCGGCCUCUUACUCCUUUACCCUGGACUCUGGGGCGUCUCGCUCCUUCUUUCGGGACCGCACCACUCUCUCGCCGCUUAGUCGGCCGGUUGCGGUGUCCCUGGCUGACCCCUCUAGGGGUCCUGUCCUGUCUCGUUUCUCUACAGUCCUCCCGUGUCCGGCGGCUCCCUCUGGCACCCUGUCUGGUCUGUACCUCCCCUCGUUCUCUACGAACCUGGUGAGUGGUGCUGACCUACAGGAUGCGGGUGUCCACCAGUUUACUCCUGCUCGUCAGCGGGUGACACACUGCACAGAGGCUGGCACAGGUCGCCACCUGGCUACGUUUACACGUCAGCCAGGGUCGAGCCUGUACACACUGACCACUCCUUCUGCUCCAGGUGCUGAGUCUGGUAGAGUCCCUUCGUCUGGUCAGGUGUUUGCUGCAGCGUCCAGGUCUGGUCCUGAGUCUGCCCCCUGUUCGUGUCGCCGUCUGUCACACGAGACCCUCCUCUGGCACCACCGCCUUGGCCACCCCUCUCUGCUUCGGCUCAGAGGCAUGGCCUCCCGUCUCCUUGUGUCUGGUCUCCCCCGGUCCCUCCCUCCCCUUCCUCAGGGCCCUGGCCCUGCCUGUGUCCCCUGUGUCGAGGGGCGCCAGCGUGCUGCCCCUCACUCCUCCCAGUUUCCUCCGACAGAGGCUCCGUUGCAGACGCUUCACAUGGACGUGUGGGGCCCUGCCCGUGUCCGUGGACUCGGUCACGAGCACUACUUCCUGUUGGUGGUUGACGACUACUCGCGUUACACCUCAGUCUUCCCCUUGCGCAGCAAGCCCUUGCGCAGCAAGGGUGAUGUCACUGAGGUGCUGAUCGACUGGAUCCGCGCAGCUCGUCUCCAGCUCAGGCAGAGCUUUGGCUCGGACUUUCCUGUGUUGCGUCUGCAUUCGGACAGAGGCGGAGAGUUCUCCUCUGGCCUUCUGCGUGCCUUCUGUCGUGCGGGAGGCAUCCGCCAGACCUUCACGCUUCCGGACUCACCGCAGCAAAAUGGGAUUGCAGAGCGCCGCAUUGGCAUGGUCAUGGACGUCGCUCGUACGUCUAUGAUGCAUGCGGCUGCCCCCCAUUUUCUGUGGCCGUUUGCGGUCAGGUACGCGGCGCAUCAGAUCAACCUCCACCCCAGGGUCUCCAGGCCGGAGACCUCCCCAGCCCUGCUGUGGACGGGGAAGGUUGGCGAUGCGUCGGCGUUCCGGUUCUACCACCCCACCUCUCGACGUGUUCUGUCCUCCCAGGACGUCACGUUCGACGAGUCGGUACCCUACUACCGCCUCUUCCCUUACCGCACUCCGUCCCUCCCCCCGCCCCCGCUCUUCUUUGUACCAGUUCCCCCCCCGGUCGACCCCCUCCCCCCUCAGGGUCCUGCCCCUUCAGGUGUGUCCCAGGUAGACGCGGUCGAGCCUGUCGAGGUCACUGGUGACUCUGGUGCUGCUGCGGGAGCUGAGCCUGGGGGUGCUGGGACUGGAGGUGCUGAGCCUGGGGGUGCUGAGUCUGGGGGUGCUGAGCCUGGGGGUGCUGAGCCUGGAGGUGCUUUGCCUGAGGGUGCUGAGCCUGGGGGUGCUGGGCCUGGGGGUGCCGCGACUGGAGGUGCUUUGCCUAGGGGUGCUGAGCCUGGAGGUUCUUCGUCUGGAGGUUCUCCGCCUGGAGGUGCUUCGUCUCGCCGAGAGCCACUCUCCCCACAGGAGCUGCGUGAGUGGUUUGCCCGGCGCUGGAGGCGUGCUGCUGGUGGUGGAGGUUCUUCGGCUGCAGAGGGUGCUGCUGCCACGUGUCCCGGAGGAGCUCGUGCUGUGGGUGCUGGAGCUGCUGGGCCUGAGGGUUCUCCUGGAGCUGGUGCUGCUGAGGGUGUUGGCGCUGAGACUACUGCUGGCGGUCCGACUGACAGUGCUCCUAGAGCUGCUGGGAGUUCUGGAGCUACUGGAGGUGCUGCUGGAGGUGCUGGUGGAGGUGCAGCUGGAGCGAGUACUCCUGCUGGGGGUACUGGUGCUGUCCUUGCUGUGUCUGGCGUCGUCGCGCGGCCCCGACCGUACUUCGUUCCGCUCCUGCAGCAGGUUCUUGGUCUUCCACCUUCUCCCUUAGAGGGUCCACCGCCGGUCCUGUCGCAGUCCCAGCUACAGCCUGCCUCCCCUUUGCCUGCUCCUUCUCCCUACACUGGUCCUACUAGAGGUCUUACUGAGCGUCGUGAGCCUGCGUCUCGUCCUGCGUCACCUGUUCGUCCUGCACGCACUAGUGGUCGCGGUUCGCGUCAGCGUCCUCCUCCUGUCCCUGGCACGCACCGGAUGUCUCUGCGUCCGUCCACUGCUCCUCUGCGUGCCCCUUUGCCUUCUCCUCCUUCUUCCUCUCUUCCUGCUCUUGCCGACCCGGAGUCGGACUCUCUACGUGCUGCCAGUCCUACUGUCACACGUCUCCUUGCUACUGCUGCCACUCACCCUUCUUUCGAGUCUUCUGCUGCGUCUGCCCUUGUCACUGAGCUCGUCGACUUUGCUGCGCGCUGUCGUUUAGACUAUGCUGCUAGUCUUGUCGCUGAGUCUGAGUCUGCCUGUCCUCCGUCCGUCGGGGGUGAGUGUGCCCUUGGCACGGACGUCCUUGAGGACAGGCAGGAGGAGUUCCUGUGUCUGGCCGCCGCUUCACCUCAGCUCGCGUCUGUACUGCUCGCCCCUGAGGGAGACCCGGAUGCACUAGACAUCCCGACUCCGCGCUCUUACGCGGAGGCGAUAGAGGGUCCCUACUCCUCUCAAUGGCAGGCAGCUAUGGAUGCAGAGAUGGCUUCCUGGAAGUCCAAAGGCACCUACGUUAACGCUGUUUCCCCUCCUGGGGCGAACAUAGUCAGUGGCAUGUGGAUUUUCAGGGUGAAGCGGCCGCCGGGUUCUCCCCCUGUCUUCAAGGCGCGUUAA